GGCAUGCCUUGCCCUUGCCCUUGUUACCUCUCUAGUGAGUAAUUAAGUGCCCCAUCGCCCCCACACACUUUCAAGUCUCAACACACACAAUAAUUGAAUCCGCUUGGGUUCAUAGAUACAUACUUUUACAAGACACGCAUUUGCUCACCUGAACGCCAGAAGAAGAUGAAAGCAGCCACUGCGUUGGGAGCUAAAACUGCAAGAGCUUGUGAUAGCUGCCUUCGCCGACGAGCUCGAUGGUUCUGCGCAGCCGAUGACGCUUUCUUAUGCCAUGGCUGCGACAAUCUGGUUCACUCUGCGAAUCAGUUGGCCAGCAGACAUGAAAGGGUUCGUCUCCAAACCGCAUCGUGCUCCAAAAAGGCAAUAUCGCAAGUAUGGUAUAGUGGAUUCACACGCAAGGCAAGAACCCCGCGUCAUAAUAGCAAGCAGUUAUUGGCUCAGAAAAAAUCCAAACAUGAAGAAAAGGGAGCGAUUUUUAAUAGUAGUAUUCUUCCCGUCGUGCCGGAGCUCGGAAGCGAAGAAGGUGGGCUGGACGAGAGUGACGAGCAGUUUCUUUGCCGGGUUCCGGAGUUUGAUCCGUUUGAAGACGACCUUUGCAACAUCUACAGCGAAGUUGGCGAUGAGAGGUUGGACGUUGUGAUGAAGAAAGAUGAUGUGAAUGGGGGGCAAGAUGAAGCAACAUGUGACCUAGACAAUUUUUCAGAGUUUCUUGCGUCGGAUAUGGAUCUUGCAGAGUUUGCUGCUGAUGUUGAAAGCUUACUGGAAAGUGGGCUUGAUGAGUCAGGAGAAGAACUGUUGGAUUGUAAGCAAGAAGAAAUGAUGGAGGCAUUAGAUGGUACUGUGGUGGGAUCAGACAAAAAUAGUGCAAUGGUAAAGAUUAAGGGUGAAGAAGUAGUUGAAGCUAACAUGGUUGUAGGCAUCACAGGCGAGACCUUAAAUUGGAACAUACAGACAAUACAUGGCUCAUCAUCAUCAGUGGAAGAGGAAAAGAAGGUGGAGACGAAGGCAAAGAUAUUGCUGAGGCUAAACUACGAGGAUGUCAUAACUGCUUGGGCAAGUCAAGGUUGUCCUUGGACAACAGGAAACCCACCUCAGUUGAACUCUAAUGACUGCUGGCCACACUGCUUGGGUUGGAACGGGGGAGAUGUUCAUCAGUGCUGUUAUGGGGAACUGGGGAGCUUAAGGGGACACAUAGAUGGGGGAAGAGAAGCAAGAGUGUCGAGGUACAGAGAGAAGAGGAGAACACGUUUAUUUUCGAAGAAAAUAAGGUACGAGGUUAGGAAAUUGAAUGCAGAAAAAAGACCUAGAAUGAAAGGUCGGUUUGUGAAGAGGGCUUCCCUUGUUGGAACCACUGCUUUGCCUGCUGCUUCCCGCUGACACGAACCACUACAAAUCCAAGUUUGAUUUUAUGCCAAAUCUGGAUGGUUCAGUCUAUAUAUGCGUAGCGUGCCUGUAUAAUAUAAUAAUAAUAACAACUUCACUAAGGUUUCUUUAAUUGUAUCGAUCUUGGAUGUAUAUGUGUCUCGAGUAUAUAUCUAUAGCAGGAGCACUUAGUACUAAUUAACGUUCGUACUCAUUACGAAAGCCGUUUGAAGAGUCGGGCAAUCAAUUUAGGGAAGGUUUCGUUGAUGUGUAGUUCAAGUUCAAUUCCUAAUUCAAAUUUAAUUUCGAGUACAAAAGGAGAAGAAGAUGAAGAAGAAAAACAGAAGAGAAAGGAUGAGUGCUUGCGCGCAUCACAGAAUCCAUAUAUCGAUCUAUGAAGUCUCUUUUGUAAAUUGGGAAAGAAAAACUGGGAAUGAUAUGAGCAAAAAGAGAUAAAGUAGUUUAAAAAUAUAAGGCAUUUUUAAUUGAA